AUGCUGCAACAGUCGCAACGACAUCCAAUGCCAUGGCCGACAUUGCACCCCUUUUGGAACUUCACAAGAACAAAUUUCACGGCACUCCGCACAGAAAUUGCGCCAGCUUGGGUAGAGGACGCCCCAUACCGCGGGACCGGUAGCAUUCUCUGGAGCUGCCUGGUGGCCCUGGCUGCUUGUGUGUAUUCAACCUUGUACCUCAACAUUCCAGCUCCCGGCAGAACGGGGUACUGGCCUGUGUUUUGGAAGAAAACCCUGUGGGUGUUCACCGCUCUCUUCGCCCCAGAGGUGGUGCUCGUCAUAGCCUGCGGAGAAAUUCUCAAGGCCCGAUGGCUACAGCGCGAACUCCGAGCGUUGAACUCUUCAGAGUCCGGAGCUGGUGAUGUCUCAAUUGAGCUAUUGCUUUUUCGUGGUUAUGGGGGGAGGCUGAGAGUGUUGGUUGGGGAUCUCAUAACUGAAGCGGAAUUGCACAAGUCUGCCAAACUCAAAGAAUUAUUCCGAGACUCCGCCGCCGUUUUAUCUCCCGAGGGGGUGGUCCAGCUUGCUCGACUGGGGCAUUUAGUCAGGGUUCCUGACACGGCGAUCGACGACCGAAGCAAAGCUAGCAUAGUCCAGAAGUUUGUCGCUCUUACACAGGUGUUCUGGCUCUUUCUGCACUGUAUUGUCAGAAUGGCUCAAGGCUUUCCACUCGCGUUGUUGAAGAUUCACGUCUCCGUAUACAUUGUGGCUGCAGGGUUGAUGAUGUAUGCGUGUUGGCUUCAGGUACGAGAACACACCAUUGCUUUUCAUUUUACUCUCCAGAUGGCGAGUGGAUGCUGA